AUGGUCUCCAUAGAAGAAGAAGACGAAGAAGAAGAAGAAGAGAAAGAAGAAGAAUUAACGACGACUGAAGCGAUGUCUGAAAAGAUGUGCGAAGAGUUGGAAGCGAUGCAGUCUUUGACGCACGAGGAGAUCGUGGAGAAAAUACUCGCGGUGACAAAGAAAAGCGAGAACGACGACGACGAAGAAUUGGAGAACGACGACGUACUGAACGACGCAGACGACGACGACGAUUUAACCGGCCACGAGGGGACAAAGUUCGCGAUGAUUAUCGCGCAAGGCAUGAGAGCGUCUCUGGCGAGACAACGAGUGAAGAAGGAAAUCGAGCGGAGAGAUAAAGAGGGAGACAAAGAAGAAGUCUCGGCUUCGGACGAAACGUUUCUACGAAAGCUGAGGAAAAAAGUGUACCAGAACUGGAAACCGGACAUGCCGUCGUUACAGAGAGACGUGGACGAACAAGAGGAAAGGAAUCAAAUGUUGGAGCGAAGGAAAGAAAAAGCGAAAGAGAAAGAGCGAAGCGUCGAAACGCAUCAACGAGGCGCAUUGUUGAAAGCUUUACCGAACGACGGGAAAUCGAUUCAGAGGAAGAAAGAAGGGACGAAGAUGAAGAAGCGAGACCCGGAGGCGCAAGGCGGCGCGUUUGAGAGAAGGAAGAUGCACGAGGAAGGCGCCGGGUUGUUUGUGGCACCGAUGAUGCCAGAAAAGGCGAACAGAGAAGUCGCGAAGACGACGCGGAAAAGCGCCGGGAAAGGGUGGUUCGAUUUACCCGCCGCGGAGUACACUCCGGAGUUGAAGAGGGACAUGCGAACGUUGAAGUUGCGAGGCGCGUUCGACCCCAAAAGGUUUUAUAAAAACGCGGACACCAGGAAGCUCCCGACGCACUUUUCCAUAGGCACGGUCGUCGAAGCCGCGCAAGAUUUCCACUCCGCGCGCUUGACGAAGAAAGAGAAAGGGAGGACGUUCGCGGAGGAAAUCGCGAAGGACCAAACGAUUAAAAAAGCGAGAACGACUCGGUUCACCAAGGUCCAAAACGAAAAGAAAGGUUCCGGAGGAGAUAAGAGGAAAAGCAACACUAAUAGCAACGCUAGUCGUAGGAAGAAGUAA